AUGUGUGUUUACUGGAUCUGGGCUACACGGUUAUGUGUGUUUACUAAACUCUGCUCUACCCCUGUCCAGAUCCCGGCCCUGCCCAGCGUGUACCAGUCGUAUGUGGAGUGUAACAUGGUGGAUCUGGGCUACACGAUCCCGGCCCUGCCCAGCGUGUACCAGGCGUAUGUGGAGUGUAACAUGGUGGAUCUGGGCUACACGAUCCCGGCCCUGCCCAGCGUGUACCAGGCGUGUGUGGAGUGUAACAUGGUGGAUCUGGGCUACACGAUCCCGGCCUUGCCCAGCGUGUACCAGGCGUAUGUGGAGUGUAACAUGGUGGAUCUGGGCUACACGAUCCCGGCCUUGCCCAGCGUGUACCAGGCGUAUGUGGAGUGUAACAUGGUGGAUCUGGGCUACACGAUCCCGGCCCUGCCCAGCGUGUACCAGGCGUAUGUGGAGUGUAACAUGGUGGAUCUGGGCUACACGAUCCCGGCCCUGCCUAGUGUGUACCAGGCGUAUGUAGAGUGUAACAUGGUGGAUCUGGGCUACACCGUCGCCGUUAUGGAGUACUAUGACGGCGUGCGGAACCGAGGCUCCAUCCGGUCCGAGGCGCACGGCUCGACCCGCGCUGUCGUCUAUGACUUCCCGCAUGAUGAGGCUUUUGUCGUAAUGGGCUCCAGCUGCCAGACUCAGAAGGCGUCGGAGCUGUCCAUGUCCCAGCUGGGUCUGUUCGGGGUAAACAGCGGAAACGGAACCACAGGGCACGUGUACAGUGUUAACCAGGUGUUCCACUUCGGGCCGCAGGUGAGUCUGUUCUACGAGGGCACGGCGGAGGUUCGCGGCAUCCCCGUCAUGUGGUGGUCCACCUGCCAGUACCUGUCCGACAUGGACCUGACGUUCUUCGGGCAGUACUACUUUACCUUGCCGGGCUACCAGAGCGCCUCCUACGGCGUUGAUGACAUGAGAAGCCCUGUGCCCGUGAGGAUAAACGUGACCGGCAGGACGGGUGGCUUCCCGCAGAGACACAUCAGCCACGUGUACGAGUUCUCACAGUUCAGGGCCAACAUCGACCCAGGAGCCGCCGCUUUCGAGACCCCUCCCCACGUGUACUGCUCUGGCCGGGAGGAGACGGUCCCGCUGCCGCCCGUGCCGGCAGUCUUCUCCUUCAACUCGGAAGUGGUGACGGCAAACAGCCGCCUCAUCGGCAACUUCAAGGAGUGGUUUGACACAGAGGACCGGAUUACUCGCUACGACACGAAACCUCCGCCAGGAUCUGAUUACUCAUCAAGUAACCCGAUAUCCACAGUGGACGACUUCAACACAGGCCUGUCCUACCUGAUUGACAGGCGGACGGGCGACUGCACAGUCUCUGCUGUCCGGAACAACAGCGUCGCUGCGGACGACCUUCCCGCCGACCCCUUCCACGUGCGGAUGAUGACAGCUGAGGAGUUCUUCCAUUUUGAGAACACCUCCUGGGCUUAUGUUGGAGAGGUUGAUGUUGACGGUCUCCCCUGUAUGAAGUGGAUCGGUCUGAGAGACGACUACCCGCCCAACAACCCCAUACAGACCACCUGGGAGUGGUCCUUUGCUCAGCCUGGCUGGACGUCUGCGAUGCCGUCUGCCACUGACGUCACGUCUCAGUCCUUCCCCGUCAUGCUGGAGGUGAUAGGAGUACACAGGAAGGAUUUCAGCUUCAGCUACAGUUUCUCCAUGUUCAGUGAGGUGGUGGACAUCUCAGUCUUCGACAUCGUGUCUCAGUGUUUCAUAACCGCUCAGAAGAAACGCGUGCAGAUUAUUUUCCCAGGCCAGUUCCCGGCUGAUCUGAACUUGAACUGGUUCCGGACUGCGCUGAAGAAGGGCGUGGCGUCAGCAGCACAGGUGGAGUCACUUAGGGUCACAGAUAUACAGGUGAGUAACACAGGUGGGACAUACAGGUGAGCAGCACAGGUGAGUCUCUCAGGGUGGCAGACAUACAGGUGA